AGCAGCAGCAGCAGCAGCAUCGCAAACCGAAACACAAACAACGACGAUUCCCAGCGAGAUUCGUAGCAGCAACCGAGUGCGAGGGAGCAAUUCUAGUGGAACAAGUCACGGAACAAGCUGCAAGUAAUGGAUUCUGUAACGUAUUGCCGAAUAUAUUGAAAUAUAAUCCCAAUGCAGUACGAUGCGAUAGAAUGGGAUGCAUCGCACUGCAGUACCUCGCCUCUCUUGGCUGGUGAGAUCAUGGCGCUAGAGCUAAAAUUGAAAAAAAAURGUAGAAUGUAGUAUAACAAUAGUAUGCACUACGUCGUACAUGUAGUCGACAAUCUACUCUCUUUCUACAAAUAACAAAUGUUACCUACAGGUAUAUUCCGUUGGUAAACAUCCGAUGCAAAAAACAUGACGUAAAAAAUAGAAUUCUAUAUGAAGUACGAUACAGUACGACAAAACCAUGAAAGACGGGACCGAUUACCCAAUCGUUCCAAUUGUCACCGCAUGCCUUCCGUCGUUACUGGACGACGACGUCGGCGGCGCUUUGGGCAAGCGUGGUCCACGACGGAGAAAACAACACAAACGACCGCGCGCAGAGACUUUGUAGCUUCCGUGCUAGGACUGAAAGAGCGACCAGGCGGCCCCGUCCUUCGAGUCGUCUUCCAGCAGCUCGAGGAGGGCGGCGGCAAUCGCGCGCCUCGUGAUCCAUUUCCCCGGGGGCGGGUCGCAGGCGCCGACCCAGGCGUAUCCGGAGGCGUCGCCGCCUUCCAUGCGCCAGGCCUCGGAAAACGCGGGGUGCUCCGAAACCGGCCACAUGUUGCCGGGCCGGACCAGCACGGUGCGCGAGGCAAUGCUUUCGGAACCACACGAUCGUAUCACCUCCUCGGAAUGCCCCAUGUCGUCCCAGAGCUCCUGGCCGAUCACGUAGGGAAUCAACAGGUGGAACUGGAGCCAGCCAAAGGCGCCGUAUCCAAACAACCACCUGCUGGGUGCUCCGAACAGGGGGUAGGACUUGGCUUGGUCCGUGGCCUYGUUGAUUCCCGUGGACGUCAUCCACACGAUGCGUGGGAUUUUUCGAAAAUCGUCGCCCUCGCUCUCGAUUUCCUGCAGGGCGCCUACCAGGGCCUCCGCGGCCUUUUUCAUCACAAGGAUUUCGUUGCUGGGAGACCCAAGUGUGGAGACGACCACGUCCGGUGCGUUUGCAUCGAGCAAAGCCCGGACCCCCACAACGGUAGUGGCAUCGCCCUCGACGACGGUGAGGUUCGUAUCCUUGUGCUCGUGGAGAAAGCCGUCGAACCUGCCCUUGGAUCUCGCUAGGGCCACGACAUUGUAUCCCUUGUCGAGGCAGGCUUCCAGGACCCAUCCGCCAACUUUCCCUGUGGCUCCCAGCAGGGCGACUGUCUUCGUCGUCGAAGUGGUCGUUGGCGUUUCUGUUUCGGUCAUAGUGGAUGGAUUGUAGUCGGUGCAAAGGGCAGAAUGCAAUAGGCUUCUUGCAAAACGCUUCGUUCUGGUCCCAGUUUCAGAUUCAGACUCGAGAAAAAAUCUCGGAACAAUCAAGAUCUCCUCUAAAAAUAAACAUGUGAGUUCGGU